AUGCUGGUGGAUACGGUCGAGGCAUCCGAGGUGCCCGUCAGAGAAAAGGAUGGCCACCACAGCGACGAGGAGUCGCUGCUCCACAAGGUCCUGCGAGCUGGCCGCGUCGAGGAGCGAGGCAUCCUGCCCGUGCCCGUCGAGGAGCGCACCGCCACCCGCUUCUUCAACAUCUUUACGCUAUGGUUCUCCAUAAACACCAACAUCCUGGGCAUCACGUUUGGCAUGCUGGGCCCCGUGGCCUAUGGCCUCAGCCUGAGGGACUCGUCCCUCGUCAUCCUGUUCUUCUGCAUGCUGUCAACCAUCCCGCCGGCGUAUCUCGCCAUGCUGGGCCCCAAGACGGGCAUGAGGCAGAUGAUUCAGGCCCGGUACAGCUUUGGCCGAUACAUUGUAUCAAUCCCCGUCCUGCUGAACCUGGCGAGCAUGACCGGCUUCACCGUCAUCAUCUGCAUCACCGGCGGGCAGUGUCUUUCGGCCAUCUCCAACGGAUCCAUCAACGAAGACGCCGGCAUCGUCAUCAUUGCGGUGCUGUCCCUGCUCGUUUCCUUCUGCGGCUUCCGGGUCCUGCACGUCUUUGAGACGUAUGCCCCUAUUCCGGCCAUUAUCAGCAUCGUCAUUGCUACGGGCUGCGCUGGUUCAGGCCUCAAGAAGCAGGCCGCCCCCGAGGCCCCGGCCACGGCAGCCGGCAUCCUCAACUUUGGCAUGAUCAUUGCUAGCUACCAAAUUCCCUGGGCUGCUCUAGCGAGUGACUUUACCACUUACUUUGAUCCCAAAGUCCCAUCCUGGCGAGUCUUUCAGUACACUUACUGGGGCCUGCUCAUCCCGACCGUUCUGCUCAUGGUUCUCGGCGCCGCCGUGGCGGGAGCCAUGCCCAACAACCCCGAGUGGCAAGAGGCCUUUGAUCUGUACUCGGCCGGCGGCGUCCUCGCAGCGAUGCUGUCGCCCGCGGGCAACUUUGGCAAGUUCGUCGUCGUGAUCCUGGCGCUGUCUCUCCUGGGCAACACCUGCGGAACAUUCUACGCCAUCACGCUCAACUUCCAGACCCUCGCGCCGUGGCUGUUCAAGGUGCCGCGGUACCUCUUCUCCAUCGUCAUCACCGGCAUCAUCAUCGCCGUGGCCAUCACCGCCGUCGGCGACUUCUUCGAGAGCCUGGAGAACUUUGUCUCCCUCAUCGGCUACUGGUCCGCGGCGUUUGUCGGCAUCGUCAUCGUCGAGCACGUCGUGUUCCGCCGCCAGAACUACGACUCGUACGACCACGCCAUCUGGAGCGACGCGAAGAAGCUUCCUCUCGGCGUCGCGGCUCUGGCCAGCGGAGUUCUCUCAUUCGGCUUGGUCAUCCCCUGCAUGGACCAGGUGUGGUGGCAGGGCCCCAUUGCGAAGACGACGGGCGACAUUGGGUUCGAGAUGGCGUUUGCUGUGAGCUCGUUGCUCUACGUGCCGCUGCGGUACGCCGAGAUACGACUUACGGGGCGGUGA